UUCCUGAAAUCUUCGUGAAGAUCCUACUUAUCCUUGGCAUUAUCAGAUACCCCACUUCGACAACAAUGUUGUUUCUUUUGCUGCUUACCGGUUUCCUCUCAACGUACACAUGGGCAGGAAGUGUCCUAGGCUGUCCCGUCGGCUGUAUUUGCAACGAUGACACCUUCGUCGUCCAGUGCGACCACAACAAGCUGGAUAUCAUUCCCAUCACAUUGAAUCCCGCUAUACAGAGGCUGGUGCUCCGCAAUAACAAGAUUAGGUCGGUAGACGCCGCCUUCACUUUCUACAGAGAUUUGCAGUACGUCGAUCUCUCCUUCAAUCACCUGCACAGCAUCCCGUCGAAAAGUUUCCUGCAUCAAGAAAAGCUACAGGAGUUGCAUUUAAACAAAAACAAACUUUCAUCGUUAAAUAGUACGACAUUCGAAGGUUUGAAGUCGUUGACGGUGUUGAAUUUACGUGAGAACUUUUUGGAUGAAUUGCCGAAACGGAUUUUUUCUAUUCUUCCUAAACUGGAGGAGCUAAAUCUGGGACAGAAUAGAAUAGCGAGGAUAGAUCCUCUAGCGUUCGAAGGAUUGCUUAGUCUGCGAGUAUUGUUUCUGGAUGACAAUCUGCUCAAAUCCGUGCCUACACCGGCCUUUUCCGUUUUGGGUAGCCUGGCCGAGCUCCACGUUGGGCUUAAUUCUUUUGACGGAUUACCCGAUGAUGCGUUCCAGGGUUUGAACCGAUUAGCCGUGCUGGAUUUGAGUAGCGGCGGUAUUUCAAACAUCAGCCAAAACGCCUUCCGCGGCCUCGAGGGUCUUCGUAGCCUUAAUUUAGCAGACAAUCGACUCCAACGGGUACCCACCACUCAACUAGGAACCUUGGCUCGCCUCGAAGAAUUGAGUAUAGGUCAAAAUGAAUUUAUGCUGUUAGAAAAAGGUGUGUUUAGUGGCUUGACCAAUUUACGUCGACUGGAUGUGACGGGCGCGAGAAAUUUAGAACGUAUCGAACGAGGAGCUUUCGCAGAGAAUCUUAAUUUAGAAACGGUAGUGCUAGUUAGUAACAAAAAACUGAGAGAGUUAGAUGAGGGUGUUUUGGAAGGAUUGCCCAAUUUGAGGCAUUUGGUUUUGCGAGAGAACGCUUUGGAAAGUCUUCCGGAAGCAGUAGCGUCAUGGGGCGAACUACGGGGAUUGGAACUGACCGACAAUCCUAUUCGGUGCGACUGUAAACUGUUAUGGUUACUGAAAUUAACAAAUCAACGUAACUUGACCAACGUCCAGUGCUCAUCGCCGACGCAUUUACGCGAACGCUCGUUAAAAUCACUUUCCCCUGGAGAUUUGGGAUGCUCGCUGGGAGAGCCGAGUCAGCAAGUGAUAAUCGUAACAUUCUGCGUGAGUGCUAUCAUCCUUUUGGCCGUGCUGGGACUAUUUUUGUUUCGUUACCGCCUUAAAGUUCGCGACGCGUUGAAAGACUACAAGUUUAACAAGCGCGCCAUCAGUCGCAAGGAGCACGAGUACCAAAAGACCUUCUCCGAGGACGACUACACUUUACGUGGCGGCCAGCUGCCCAUCAAACAUAUUCCGGUGACGGAGUUGUAGCUAGAGCUGAGCGCGCCGCCGACGGGAGUGUUCUGUCUGGGAGGCGAGGGUAGGCGAGUGAGGGCCCCUCGCGGUCCUGCGGGCACCCUUCCCGCACCCGGAUUCACGUACCUUCGAGCCAGCGACACCUGCAGGGCGCACUCGCUUCGGGCGCUACCCUCGGGCGCCAGGAACGGCUGCGUCCCCUGCACCGCCGACGCCUUCCCACGCUAAGACGGCAGCGCGCCCAGCCCAUUGAAUCCAUUCCAAAAUGUGAUUUUUACGAUAUAUAGAGACUGUACAGUUAGUUUGCUAAGUAUAGUUUUACGUAUGCGACAACGCGUGCCCGUAGGGGAGGCUGUGGUACGACCCGAACUGUAAGAACUAACACAAAAGAUUGGAAAGUAUCAAAAACUAAUUUCUAAUAUCUACAUACCCUUUGUUGCAUCUCCGAUCUGAACAUACAUAUAAUAUUAUCCAUUUUAUUUCAAAGAAAAUGUGUACGAAAUUUUUAAAGGGCUCGAAUGAAACCAAUCGUUCAUUUUUUCGUUCUUUUCUAUAAAAUGUUCAUUUGGUAUGCAUUUUUUAACUUUUUAUACAGAAUAAAAUUUAGGAUGUUUUUGAUUGACCUGUAGAGGGCGAAAACCAUACCUAUUGUCAUAACAUAACAUAUCUACUCGUAUUCUGGAAUAUCUCUUAACUGACAUUUUUAAGUCGGAAUAUAUAUCCUAUGUUAAUUCAACUCCAGUAGAAACAUAAAAUUAAAAUAAUGUGGAUUAUUUAAUCUGCUUUGUCAAAUAAACUUAGCAAUAAUAACAAAUAUCCAUAAAAAAAUGCAAAAUAAAAUAUGGAAAAUUAAAAUCGUCGCUUCUUCCUCUGAGAAGUUAGCUUAUCAACACUUUGUAGAAUUUCAGGCUCCAAGUCGAUAUGUGUUUAUCCAGGUCCAGACUACCUUUUCAAUUAAUUUGGUAGAUAAUAUUUUUAUAACUAAAAAUAACUUUGUAACUAUUCAAUAGCGAGAGUGUGCUUUAUUUUAAUGAAAUUUUUAAAAGUUUUCCCUAAAAUAAAAUGGGAUUUUUGUUCGGCGUUUUAUUCGAAAUUAAAAAUUCACUUGAGAUUUUUUAUAUUCAGAUCAGCGAUGCAACACAUGGUAUAUAGA